UUUACGUGAUACUGUCGACCAUCAUAUUGGACUCAGUGUUGCCUACCACAAAAGACUAUUAAAGAUUAAUUAAUAGGGAGAAUUUAGACGCUGUGUUCGAGUAUCUAUACCAUAAAAAUGUCGGAAUCAUCCUUAUCGUGGGGUUGCUGCGGCCUGGAUAAUAGCGAGGAAGAAUACAUUUGCUACUCUCAGUGUGGACAUGCAUAUCAUAUUAAUUGUUUGAAUCCAAAUGGGAAUACGUCAGACUUUGAAGUCGUGUCUGAUUGAAAAUGCCCAGCCUGCAAACCUGUAAGAAGAAGCUUAAACAAAGACGUAACACCAGCACGUCAAGAUGGUCUUAAUCCUAUUGAACGCAAUGCAUCCAAAAGGCCUAAUAAAAGAAUGGCCCUCUCAUCCCCUUCGGAACAAAAAGAAUCAGCAGCAUAUAUGACACAUAAUGACAUUCGAGACCUGGUGAAGGAAGUUAUUAAAUCUGAGUUGAAAACAGCGAUUUCUAACAUGAGUGAGACUCUCACUAAUGAAUUGAGAGCUGUCAAAGAUGAAAUGCGUAAUAUGAGAGAUUCCAUGAGUUUUAUAAACAUUCAAUAUGAAGAAAUUAUAAAACAAAAUAAUAUCAACUCAGAAAUCAUAAAAAACUUGCAGUCUGAAGCCGUCGACAUGCGUUCCACAAUUACAAAUCUGAACAAUCGUAUUAACCAAAUCGAACAGGCUACACGUGCUAAUAAUUUGGAGGUACAAUGCGUCCCGGAGACUAAUGGAGAGAACACCUUUGAAAUGAUUCAAAAGAUAGGUAAUGCAAUUGGUUACAGCAUCUCGGAGUCAAGUGUCACACAUUGUAUACGUACUGCAAAGAUAAACCGGUCUAGUUCACGUCCCCGCUCAAUUGUAGUGCAGUUUAACUCUCGAAAAACUCGCGAUAGUUUUAUGGCUGCUGCAAUUAAGUUUAACAAGUCUAAUCCACACGAUAAACUUAACACUGUAUCCGCUGAAAUAAGUAACAUAAAACGACCCAUUUAUAUAACAGAACAUCUCUCACCUGCUAAUAAGGCACUUCACGCUGCAGCGCGGUCCAGAGCGAAGGCGUUGAACUAUAAGUAUGUUUGGGUACGUGAUGGAAGAAUAUUUGUGCGGAAGGAUGAUGGAGCUAACUACAAUCUAAUAAAGAGCAUAGACUGUAUAAAUAAGUUAGUAUAA